AAAAUCUGGAGAGUAGAGAGUACGAUUCAGGACCGGCGCAGAGGAGCGAGAAGUCAUUCCAAGGAUAAAUUAAAGAACCUCAUAGUGCGUUGUUGCAGAGAGGUUGGGCGGGAGGAAAGAAAGUGAAAGAAAAAGAAAUGUCCAGACCAAAGUGCAUGCAUGAAGAAACCCAUAACCUGAUCAAGCUCUAUAUCACCGUCUUCCUCUCUCUAUCAUACUGUUUCUUCAUUGCUUCCAGAAUUCCCAAAGGCAAGCUCAGGUUCCUCUCUCUUUCCCCAGUCUUCUUCGUCUUCACCCUCCUCCCCCUGAAACUUUCCUCUGUUAUCCUCACAGGCCUCAUCGCAUUGUUCAUCACAUGGCUCUCCACCCUCAAACUCGUCCUUUUCGCCUUCGAUUCAGGCCCUCUCUCUUCACCCCCUGCAAGAUCCCUCCCGAUUUUCAUCCUAAUUUCUUGCCUCCCAAUCAAGACCGGCCAAAACCCUAAGAAAACCCCAAAAUUGCCUCUCAAUCUCCCCAUCAAGACCCUUCUCUUCCUUCUCCUUUUGCCAACUGUCAACCAUAAACAGAAUCUCCACCCGAAACUCCUUCUCGCUAUCUACUGCUGCUUGUUGUAUCUUCUAGUCGACGUCGUUUCGGGAAUCUGCAAUUCCGUUACUAAAGCCGUUGUCGGAAUGGAGUUGGAAAUGCCGUCCGAUGAGCCGUAUCUCUCCACAUCUUUGCAAGACUUCUGGGGAAGACGGUGGAAUCUCAUGGUGACAAACGUUCUGCGAGAUGCCGUGUACGAGCCGGCGAGCUCCAUUUGUGGGCCUAUAUUGGGCCCCCAACGGGCCACGAUGCUCGGGAUCGUUGCGGCUUUUGUGGUCUCUGGGUUGAUGCACGAGCUGAUAUUUUACUAUGUCACGCGUGAGGCUCCCACGUGGGAGGUCACGAGGUUCUUCGCGCUGCACGGACUAUGUGUGGUUGGGGAGUUUGGUGUCAAGAAGUUGCUAGGCCAGCCCAAUUGGGGGGUUUGUUCGGCCGUGUAUGGGCCCUUGACAGUAGCGUUUGUGAUCGGCACGGCCCACUGGCUGUUCUUUUCUCCGUUGGUGAGAAACGGGGCGGAUGAGAGAGCAGCAAAGGAAUUCAUGAAUCUUCUGGAAUGUAUGAUGGGAAAAGUAGGCUUAACCCAAUUACAUGGUUAAAAAAGUUAAUUCGAUUUUUUUUAUGGAGCUCCCCGUCCCAAAAACAAAGUAUUAUAGAAAUUCAAUUCAUCGAUUUCGUGCGUAUUAUAAUUAGUAGGGUUUUCCCGAAGUUAAACUUCAAAAAAUUCUUAUUUUAGCUAUCUUGUGUUACUAUGCUACUCCAUUUGUUUUUUAUUAUUAAA